GUUUGAUUCUUUUGGGCCUGGAUUUGCUUGAAUUGGACAGGUUCCUGAACUGGGUGCUUUUGUUUUUUGCCUGUUGGUUUUGGAACUCAUUGAAUAACUUUGAAUUAGAUUAACAUGGAGGACAAGUUCAGAAUCAAGAAAGAUGUUACCGAGUUGAUUGGAAAUACGCCAAUGGUGUAUCUGAACAAUGUUGCGGAUGGUUGUGUAGCCCGGAUCUCCGCCAAACUAGAGACGAUGGAACCUUGCUCUAGUGUCAAAGACAGGAUAGCGUACAGUAUGAUUCAAGAUGCAGAGGAGAAGGGUCUUAUCACGCCAGGGAAGACUGUCCUUGUGGAGCCUACUAGUGGCAACACCGGAAUCGGGAUGGCAUCCGUUGCAGCAGUCAAGGGUUACAGGGUUAAACUCACCAUGCCAUCUUCUUACAGCAUCGAGAGAAGAAUUGUGCUCCUUGCUUUUGGAGCUGAGGUUUACUUGACGGACCCUGCCAAGGGCUUUAAGGGGGUUUAUGAUAAGGCCUUGGAGCUGUUAAACGACACACCUAACAGUUAUAUGCUUCAGCAGUUUGACAAUCCUGCCAAUCCACAGAUUGUGUUAUUGUUGUUUUUGCAGAUACAUUAUGACACGACUGGCCCAGAAAUUUGGAGAGAUUCUGAAGGAAAAGUUGAUGCCCUGGUUGCAGGAAUAGGGACUGGGGGUACAAUAUCUGGUGUAGGGAAGUUCCUUAAGGAGCAGAACCCAGAUAUCAAGGUGUAUGGUGUAGAGCCAGUUGAAAGUGCAGUAUUGAAUGGUGGACCGCCUGGGAAGCAUCUGAUCCAAGGAAUUGGGGCUGGUUUUAUACCAAAUGUUCUGGAUGUUAGCCUGCUUGACGAAGUUAUUGCAGUAUCAGGUGAGGAAUCUAUUGAAACUGCUAAGCAGAUUGCUUUAAAAGAAGGUUUGCUGGUUGGCAUUUCUUCUGGCGCUGCGACUGCUGCCGCCAUAAAGUUGGCAAAGAGGCCCGAAAAUGCUGGAAAGCUCAUCGUUGUGGUGUUUCCAAGUUUCGGAGAACGUUACCUGUCUACUCAACUCUUCGAUUCCCUUCGACACGAGGCAGAAAACAUGACUUUUAAAUGAACUGAAGUGCAGCCAACUUCUGGUGAUUGCCGUUGCUCUUUGAGCAGCUGAGGCUGCUGAGUUAUGUUGACUGACGGUUCUUGGUUAAGAGCUUCGGUCUAGCUAGUUUCUAUGGCAUUAAGAAGACUGAAGCUGCACGUUGGACUAAAAGUUAUAUGUGUUGAAGCAAACAAAUUCUUCAUUGACUAAUUUCUUUUGGUAUAUAUAAAAUUCAGAAUGAAUAUGAUGGAAGCCAAAUUCUGAAUUGAGAAUA